AUGGGAACCACAACAAACGGAAAAGAGUCGGGCUCAUGGAUACUUGAGAGCGUGGAGGUUGAUCGUAUGGAUGAUGUGCCCAUCAACGAUGACGCGGGUCCGGGUCCGGGUUCAGGUCCGACUAGAGCCAUGUCUUCAAAAUCAAAACCUCCCGCUGCGACAUCCAUUAAGAAGAAGGGUGGGUUCCUUUCUGCUGCUGGUGGUGGUGGUGGUAACAAUCAGCCUGCUCAGAUUGACAGGACGGCUUCCGCAGCAGCCAGAGGACUUCAGAGUUUACGUUUCCUUGAUAGAACUGUUACAGGCAAGGAGAAUGAUGCAUGGAGAUCCAUUGAAAAGCGUUUUAAUCAAUUUGCAGUCAAUGGGAAGCUUCCUAAAGAAAAAUUUGGCAUAUGCGUUGGAAUGGGAGAAUCAAAGGAAUUUUCUAUGGAACUAUUCGAUGCCUUAGCACGACGUAGGCAAAUUGACGCUGAAAAUGGAAUAACCAAGGAACAAGUGAGAUUAUUUUGGGAAGACAUGACCAAGAAAGAUCUUGAUCUUCGACUUCAAAUAUUCUUUGACAUGUGUGAUAAGAACGGCGAUGGGAUGCUAUCAGAGCAGGAGGUACAGGAGGUCAUAGUCUUGAGUGCCUCUGCAAAUAAGCUCUCAAAUCUCAAAGAUAAUGCUGCAACGUACGCAGCUUUAAUCAUGGAAAAGCUUGAUCCUGAUCAUAAGGGAUACAUAGAGAUGUGGCAACUAGAAAUUCUACUAAGAGGAAUGGUCUCGGAAGAGGGCGACGAGCUCGGAAGCGGGACUCAGAACCUUACAAAAGCCAUGAUUCCCCAACAAUAUAGAACCACUCAUGGCAGAAUCAUUCAUAAUGCAACUGAAUUUUUCUAUGAAAAUUUAAAAAGAAUAUGGAUCUUCGCUUUAUUUAUAGCUGCAAAUAUAGCACUCUUCAUGUGGAAAUUCAUCGAAUAUCAAUCGGCACCCACAUUCCAAAUCACAGGCUAUUGCGUCUGUUUUGCCAAGGGUUGUGGGGAGACUAUCAAAUUCAAUAUGGCUCUUGUUCUUUUUACAGUGUGUAGAAGAACUCUCACCUGGCUUAGAUCAACAUUUCUUCAUAAAAUAAUCCCUUUUGACGACAAUUUAAACUUUCACAAGAUGAUUGCAGCGGGAAUAGCAAUUGGAAGUGUUAUACAUACAUUAUUUCAUCUCUUGUGUAAUUACCCGAGAAUUAGUUCUUUUCCAAGACAUAAGUUCAUGAUUAUUGCCGGUCCUGCUGUACAUUUUCAGCAGCCAAGUUAUGUGGAUUUGUUGUUCUCUACUGUAGGCCUGACAGGCAUAUUCUCCUUACUUAUUAUGGCCUUUUCAUUCACACUUGCAACCCACUAUUUCCGAAAGAAUGUCGUCAAAUUACCCGGGAUUUUCCACCACUUAGCAGGAUUCAAUUCCUUCUGGUAUGCACAUCAUUUGUUGGCUUUGGCCUAUGUGCUGGUAUUCAUGCAUGGAUGGUUUCUCAUUUUUGACAAGCCCUGGUACCAGAAAACGACAUGGAUGUAUCUUAUUGUACCAGUCAUAUUUUAUGCUAGAGAAAGAAUCCUUUCCUCUUAUUCAGAUAACAGUCAUCGGGUGGACAUCAUUAAGGCAGUUAUUUACACAGGAAACGUUUUAGCCUUGUACAUGACUAAACCUUCAAGCUUCAAAUACCAAAGUGGAAUGUACCUUUUUGUCAAGUGUCCUGAUAUAUCACCUUUUGAAUGGCAUCCCUUUUCUAUCACUUCUGCACCCGGAGAUUACUACUUGAGUGUCCACAUACGGACCUUGGGCGACUGGACUACUGAACUUAAAGAGAGAUUCGAACGGGUCUGCGACCCUCCAAAAGCGCAACCAACAAGCAAGGGCCUGAUGAGAAUGGAAACUAGAACGGCGGCAAAAAAUUCAGAAUCCGAUAAUGUAGAUUUUGAACAGAUACAAGCCAGCUUUCCGAGAAUCCUUAUCAAGGGACCAUACGGAGCCCCAGCUCAGGAUUACAAGAAAUAUGACAUCCUCUUACUCAUUGGAUUGGGAAUUGGAGCAACUCCAUUUAUCAGUAUUAUAAAGGAUCUCCUGAAUCACAUCAAGUCAAAUGACGACCCUAAUGGUUAUAGGAAUGGUCCCGAGAGAGCUUACUUCUAUUGGGUGACAAGAGAACAAGGUUCCUUUGAAUGGUUUAAAGGAGUCAUGGAUGACAUUGCAGAUCAUGAUGUUAAUAAUGUAAUAGAUAUGCACAAUUACUUGACGAGUGUGUAUGAAGAAGGAGAUGCAAGGUCUGCGCUUAUUGGCAUGGUGCAGAAACUGCAACAUGCCAAGAAUGGAGUUGACAUUGUUUCCCAGAGCCGGAUAAAAACGCAUUUCUCAAGGCCUAAUUGGAGAAAGGUUUUCAACCAAUUGGCAAGUGAUCAUGACUCUGCUCGAAUUGGUGUUUUCUAUUGUGGAAGUGCUACCCUUACAAAAACCCUGAAGGAUCUUUGCGCUGAAUUUACUCUGGAGACUCCAACCCGAUUUGAAUUUCACAAGGAGAAUUUCUAAAUCUUGCCGCAUCCGAAUCAAAAUCUCUUGCAGAUAGAAACUUUUUUGUGCCUAAA